GAAGGAGGGCAGUGCUCUUGUUGAGAGAUAGGGAAUGCCCGUAAAUUGCGUCUGCCGAUAAUAGCGCAUCAGCCAGAGCCCUGCGAUUGGGAGAGCAGAGCGCUGGCAGUGCGGAGGACUGAGCCGCUGAGCACAGAAUGGUACACUAGAGAAGACAGGCACACUUAGAAAGAGACAGACAGAGAGAGAGAGAGAGGUAGAGUGAAGGAAGAGAGAGCGCAUCAGAGCAUGCUGAGGAGAGGUGGACAGGGAAGGAUCAGAGCAGUGGAGAGUGGACGGGAGAAAAGUUACCAGGUCAGCAAGAGAACGUGGAAUUGGAGCAGCUGAGGCUCACCCGGGGGUCUCUCUCCCACUGGAACAGCCUGGCAGCAGUAAGCAGCACAGAAGGAGAGUGAUAUUAAGAGUGGACAGAGGUACUGUAACUUCUUCCCCAGGAAAGAAAGUGCAAAGGCGAUGGUAAUGCUCCUCAUAGGACUCUCCUGCACAGCAACUUCAGGACUAUCACAGCAAGACAGCAGCAGCAAGCAAAAUACACUUAAGCCUGCAGAGGCGCCUGAUACGUGCAGUUCCACUCACUUCUGUGCUGAAGACUUUCUUACCCAACUGUGUGCUUUGAGGUGGAUGUAGUUGUGUUUCUGUGAGGCUUUUAUCUUUUUUUAUUUUUUUUUAUUUUUUGCUUCGGUGUGCAAAGCAGUGGAGACUCGUGUUGUUCUGUCCUGUCAUCCCUGAGACUAUGGUAGACUGUGCGUCAGGGAGCCCUUCAUCAGCAGCUGCAGCCCUAGAGCAUGGAGAAGUCCAGCAGUGAGGAGUCAGCUAUUCACCGUAGCCCUUCCGUAGAUAGCCGUGACUCAGAUUUUGCCCAAGCGUCCACGUCUGGCCGCCCGUUUGGUGGCCGCGGCUUCACUGCCGGCGCAUUCUACGGCUCCACGGGGCCGCGCAAAAACGCACAGCAGGGGCAGGCUGCAGCGGCAGCUGACGCCAGCGCAGGAGACAAGACCACCAACAAGUACAGCUCACCCAAAGGCAGCAAAUACGUGGUCUUUUACCUGGAUCUAUCAUUUGUCUUCCUUUUAGAAUUCAAGAAGUGCAACAUGGCAAGAGGCUGCCUCUGCUGCUUGAAGUAUAUGAUGUUCAUCUUCAAUCUCAUCUUCUGGUUAUGUGGCUGUGGGCUGCUCGGCGUGGGCAUCUGGCUCUCUGUGUCGCAGGGCAGCUUCGCCACCUUCUCGCCCUCAUUCCCCUCACUGUCGGCUGCCAACAUGGUCAUCGCCAUCGGCGCCAUCGUCAUGGUAACGGGCUUUCUCGGUUGCCUGGGUGCCAUCAAGGAGAACAAGUGCCUGCUUCUGAGCUUCUUCAUUGUCCUGCUGAUAAUUCUCCUGGCAGAGCUGAUAUUGCUCAUCCUGUUCUUUGUGUACUCAGAUAAGGUGAGCGAGAACGCCAAGCAGGAUCUCAAGGAUGGGCUGGCUCUCUACAACUCAGAAAACAACAUAGGCCUGCGAAAUGCCUGGAACAUCAUCCAGGCAGAGUGGAAGUGCUGCGGCGUGAUAGCAUACACCGACUGGCAUGAAGCCCUGAAGGAGAAGAUGGUACCUGACCGCUGCUGUCAGGAGCAUUACCAGAACUGUGGCCAGAACUCCACAAACAUGUUCUGGAACAGGGGCUGCUUCGAGAAAGUGGAGGAAUGGCUGGAUGACAACAAGCACCUGCUGGGAACCAUCGGCAUGGUCAUCUUGGUAGUGCAGCUCCUGGGCAUGGCGUUCUCCAUGACGCUGUUCCACCACAUCCACAGAACGGGGAAGAAGUACGAUGCUUAGCCUUGGGGAUGGAGGCACCCAACGGAGAGGAGCUGCACUGCCUGAUGGGAUAAGACUCGGAUUGAAACACCCCGGCUUCCCCCCUCACUUUUACAACCUCUUUAGAGCAUUCUUUGCCCCUUCCCAGACCUUCUGUACAGAUUCCAGCUGUGUUCCCACUCUGUUCUGCUCUCUCCUCUCACCACUCAUUUUGCCAAAGAGUUAACACAACUGGAAAAGACGGGACACCUACUUUUGGCAAGGAAGAGCACCCCAUUGGUUGUCACUCCUCUCGAGGACAUUUCUAUUUGAUUUUGUUGUCAUUUUUUGCUUGGACUAACAAUUUGCUGGAAGGAAGGACAGACUUUGAGACAAUGAAGACUUUACUAAUGCCCACAACCCCCCACUGCGAGGCAAAGCGAACAUAUGAAACUGAUAAUACCUUCCACCUCUUGUGGAGCUCCUUUUUCCUCAUUGAUUAAAGUCAAGCUCCCUUUUUCACCUGUAAAAUGAAAGAAGUUCCAACAUGGCAUGCUAGUUUUCUACUUUACUUAUUUACCUUUGUCGUCCAAAUGUCAAACAUCUUCAUUUUUUUCUUGUUUCUUUGUAUGUCGUCGACCCUCCUGUGGAAUGUAAGUGUUGAAUAGAUCAGUGCAAUGAGCUCUCAGCUGUGUGUGUGUGUGUGUGUGUGUGUGUGUGUGUGUGUGGGGGAUUUGACAUGAUGCUGCAGCGGUGGGUUAAAGACGUGGAGAUGGUGUUUAAUGUAAUCCAUGAUUCAUAUAUUUUUCAUUCGGCAAUAGAGAGUUAGGUAAAGGCUGCGUGAUGGAGGAACGUCAUGUUAGCGUGAGAACUUGUCAGUGGAUUUAUUUUACACAGAAUUCUGCAGCAUCCUCUGAAAAACAAAUUGUAAUGCACACAUCUGCCUGUGAAAACACACACACACACACACACACACACACACACACACACACACACACACACACACACACACACAACACACACACACACACACACACACACACACACACACACACACACACACACACACACACACACCAGCAGUAUUCCCAUUCCUAUGAGACAAUACAAAUGGUGUAAAAUGGCUGUUUAUUAGGGCUCCACCAGGACUGUCAAGUGAAGAGAUCUGAGUAAUGUAGUUCCCCCUUCGAGAAUACAGACUGAAGUGUGUGCGUGUGUGUGUGCGUGUGGCUUUUCGGGUGUGUUUUAACAAAUUGUCCAAGCUGCAGAAGGGACAAAAAACCACUGCAUACUGUAGAAACACGGAGCAAAGCAAGGGCACAAGGGGCAAAAACAGAGCAGAGACAUGUCUCCCUGCUACCAUCAAUUGUGUUAGCGGAGGCGGCUAGAGACCUUCUCUCCUAUAUUCUUGAGAUCUCAUCCAUUUGCUCUGCCCUCCUUACUCUUCCUCGCUCUGGCUGUCGACUCCUCCCUGCCUCCAUUUUUCUUUUUUUCACCCCAAUUUUCUUCCCACAUGUCAGAAAGCAAUGGGCCACAAUAUCUCUGCUGACAUUCCUGCUCAUCACAUCAGUUAGUCUGGUUUGCAACUUAACUGGUUUUAUGUAAGCUUCCUUUUCUUGCAGCCACAGUGGAUUUGGGGAAGAGUGUAGGAGGAUCAAAGCAGAGACAGAUAGGUAUGGCAACAUGUCUGUUUACCGCUGAUUCACUGCAGGAGGCCUAAAGCAUCAGCCUGCAUCCUUAAGACUGAAAAUACUCUGCAUCUUCUGUGGCGACUUAAAGAAAAUGCCCUCCAGUGUGUUUGCUCUCGGCUUCAACAUUUCUCCGAGAUUGUGAGAGGCGGGGGUGUAAAAUACAAGCUUAUUGUUCUAGGUUUGUUUCAGUUCCGGCCGUCGUUUGGUUAUGAUUCGUUGUCAUCAGUUUAUGAUAAUGUACUUAACACAGUGAACGAAAUUUCAACAACAGGGCAAGAAACAAGCAGUCAGCCGAUCAGACAGGUUGUGAACAGUUUAACCAAAUUAGCUACCAUUUUAUUCAGAAAACGCGUCAGUGAGUGGUCAGCAAUAAUCCCGCGUUGCACAGGAUAACUGUCCGCACAUUUACAGCAACGGGUCAAAGUUAAACCGGAAAGUCAGUCUGAAAACUCUAUUGUAUUUUUUUUUCAAAACUGUUCACAUUUGUUUUCUCUUCCAAAUAAGUUUGGCUAUUCUGGGAAAUCUACAUGAUCGUCUGACUGCUCAUGUUCCUUCGUAGAUAACCGGAAUGAACAGGCCUCACCCAGUAGGAAAAGCACAGGGUGUAAAUAAUGAAAUGAAUUAUGGCCGAAUUCCAUUUAGCUGCUUUGAUUUCAGAUUCCUGGUAUCGUGCGAGGAGGCGUCAUCAUUGGAUUAAAACACGGCGCAGUAAAAUCUGGUCUUUGCCGAAAGCCUCAAUAGCUGAUUGAUUCGUUUCACUUGGGUCGGAAUAUAUUUUACACGGAAAAAAUAAACGUAUGUCGCCGCCAUUCGAGUGUACCCGAAAAGUUCUGUGAGGCUGAGCGCACCCAAAGAGCACCUCAGCGGACUCCAUCGCUUUAUUUUGUCACCUUCUUCUUUUCCUAAACCCAACCAUGACGUUGUUGUCCCGUUAUUGUUUUCCUAAACCCAACCGUCCCGUUCUUCUUUUCCUAAACCCAACCCGUUCGUCGUGAUGCGAAUUCCUCGAGCCGUCUUUCCUGCUCCGUCUCUGUGUCGCUCUUACACUGUUGCCCCUGGCAACCGAUAACGUAGGAUCCCAAAAUGGUGGGCGGGCUCAGACACCUCCCCAAAUCGUCACGUGACCGCAAGCUACCAUGACGUAUGUCCUCAGACUUACACGCGGACAGCUCAAAGGCGAACAGAUAAGACGCCACUUGGCUUUAGAAAGUGGCGUGUAUGUUUACGCAAAGUCAUGAUGUCACGUUGGGGAGUGUGUGUAAAGGGGGCAGGGAGAGGGCGGUUAACAGUAACAAAUUUAAAAUUAGAUAGGAGUCAAGGUAUCGGCUGCAUUUCCAAGUAGGGCUGAACGAUUUUUUCACCACUGUGACCAAAUCGCAGCCCUUGCGAUUAGGAAAUCGUGUUUUAACAUAUUGCGAUAUUAUUGCAAAUGUGAUUAAUCGUUAAUCGCCCUAUUUGCAAGUUUUAAGACAUAGGCCUGAAUCAGACAAUGCACAGGCAAUUUACCGAAACCCCUGAAGUCUUGAAAUAAAGUCGGGAGUCCUCUUUAUCCGAGACGAGGCCGAGUGAGAGUUUUCAAUUACCCUGGCUAAUUAGACCCAUCCAUUAGGAGAAUUUUAAAGGGCACUGUGUGGUGCGUAAAUUCCACACUCAGAUACUAAAAAUACAAGAAAGACAGUAAGAAUAGCGCAUUAUAUAGCAAACGGGGGGUGAUUUCAGACACAGACCAUUUUUCUGGCUUAGGCACAGAAAAGACAUCCCUGUUGCUCUGAUUGGCUCGUCUGUUCCUCCAACAAUCAAAAAACAGCCGUCAAUGAGUACAAUAAGACUUUAUUAUAUAAGUCCUAGAGUCCUAGAACCAGGCUAUGUGUUUCUUUUCUCAUCAGACUUCCCAGAUCGCUGCAAAGAACUUGCAGUACUAUUACUGAUAGGAAUGACGGCGCCAAACUACAAAAAUAAGACUAAGUUGUAAACGGAGAUAAUCAGGACAGGUUUGUUUGCUGCUGUUGGAUACCGAGUAGAGCAAUCACUGAGACCAGAAGUGGCUGCGUUCUAAAUUGUAUCCAAAGGUAAUCAUUGACAGGAGAGUUUGUAGCUUUUGGAUGAAGCCUUUGGAACUCAGACUCUGUGCAUUGCUUCUACAUACGCCAACAAGUGACAAAGCGUUACCCACCAAGAUUCACUUAUUAGACAUUCUUCCAGUCUGGCAGCCUGUAUGCCUCAGAGUACCACCAGAAGUUAUUCUUAACAGGUUGUUUUUUUUUAGUGGUUUGAUGACGACUUAAUAUAAGAGACACUUAGAGAAGAGGUCCCUGCAUCGGGGAGGAAAAUAUGUGGGCUGUGAUGUGCAGCGACCCUGCUGGCUGUGAUUCACUGCCUGCCCCCAUAUGCUACGACUCUUCUUGUUGUGUCCACGGGGGGAACACGACAGCUGCUGAUGUACAGCGCAAGCACGAGUGGUCACAUCUCCACCGCUUGGCUGCCUCCACAAACUCUCCACACACAUCCCUUAUUUACUGCCUCGCUCUGCAGACACCCGGCGCUACAUAUACAGUAGCUGGCAGCACUUACACUGUGGAAAUACAGCUGUGCUCUUUAGACGCCUGGAAGCAGCUGUGAGGUAUGUCCUGCACCCGGGAGGGGGUCAUAGGAGAAAUAGCUGUAUCUGGUAUGCAAAUCAGACUGCAUUGUAACCCUCACUGCAGGGAAGAAGUUCAGAAAGAAAAAAAAAAAGCCGAGAUAAAUAUUUUGUUGUGCUGCUUUGCCUUGCAUUGGGUGGGAAAGUGUUUAAACGCAGGUGUGACAGAAAAUGUGAGAAUGGAGAAAAGUGGAAAUAAAACAAAUCCAGUGUCUGUCUCCAAAUCUUACGUCAAACUUCAUAGAGCCUCUUUGCCCCCGACUGAUCUGACUGUGCUGACAUUCUGACAUUUUCUCCUCCGUGUGAACUCCCUUCCAGCUCUGCCACUGUCACCUAGAUUUUACGCUGUUGUCAGAGGAAAUGUUCCUUCGUGUUUUUAGAAUGCAGGGAUGAAUGCCGUUUUAACAAAAGCUGUUUUAAUGUUAUUUUUGUACAAUGGUUGUCGCCGUUUUAAUGUCUGUUUUUAUACGUUUUUCUUCUUGUAGGCCGUUUUUUUUGUUGGUUUUUUUGCAUUCGUGACAGAGGCUCAUUGUUGCUCAUUGUGAGAACAUAACACCAAUAAGCAUUUGUUUCAUAGAGGAUUAGUCUUUGCGAUGUUCCUCUACAAGGUGCAAAAAAAAAAAAACCGCCUUUCUGUCUUAACAUUGCUACAGGCAGUUAAAGCAAUUAAGUCAGAAUUAAUAGAGAGGGAAAAUUUGGCAUAUAGCAUCGGGUGAAGCCCACAAAAGACAUACUGCACGCUUGUCGCCGUGCUUCUCUGUAUUAAGACCUAGUUUAAUUAAAUUAGGACGUGCAGCUAUAAUCUGCAGUAUGUCUUUUAAAACUGCCAGUGUAAGAACCAUUAUGUAUUGUAGAGCAUGAUCUAUUAGACACUGUACAACAACACCGAGCUCAUGUCACUGCAGUAUAUCAGCCCUGUACGUUAGCCCCGGAUGUAAAUAUGCCCAUUUUACAACUGAUGUAACUUACUGUUAUACUUUACCUCUGCCUCUUGUAAUCACAUUUGCAUUGACAGUUUAAUUGCCAUUUUGAAUUGCCUAACAACCCAUGCUAUUUUGUGCUCAUUUACAGACAUAUCUGCCACCCAUAUGUUAUCCAUUCUCUCAUGUUUGAUAGUUGUUCUGCCUCUGUGCAGGACCGGUGUCAAUUUGUAUAAAUUUGUGUUAUUUGUCAGUAUGGUUUUAUCUGCAUCUUGUAGUAAGACACAUUUGUUUCUGUAUAUAUAUACUUUUUUGUUUUUUUUUGGGGGGGGGGUAACAGGAGUGUUUCCUGUUAUCCAUGGAAGCACUCCCAGUAAACCACAGAGCUGGUAAAGGAAGAAUGCACAUGCAGUCAUUGGGUUUUGUCUGCUGUGAAGAAUUUUGACACAUAGAAGCUAUUUUUUAUUUUAUUUCAAUUUUUUGCCACCUUCAACAUAUUAUUUCUGUAAUCUCCUCCUAAUCCUUCCCCCGUGCUACAGCUGAAUAUCUGAGCAGUGGAAAUGUAUGCUCUGGAAAUGGUGUGUUUGAUGUUGUGUUCUGCUGGGUGGCACUAUCUGAUACCUGCCAGCCUUGUCCUGUGGAGUUUUCUGCUACAUGUGAAAGCACUCUGAAUAUCUAUACUAGGUGGUUCACUACCUUCUCUUUAUUCUCCAAAUCAACUAUUUUUUAAAUAAAGAAAAGAGUGUCACAAAAUCCCACGAUACCGUACACUCAUUGCCUUUCAUGUUUAAUGACUCGGUGCUCCUGAUGUAUUCCCUUUUUAUGCCACUGUCAAUUAUAUAGGCAGCAUUUAAACAGUGUUUGAUGCUGAUUUUUCAAAUUUUUUUUGAGGGGGUGGGUGGUGGUGUGGGGGGGGGGGAGGUUGGAAGACAGUACUUGGCAUUAAAAAGCAAAGUUUUGUCACAGCAUAUCCCAUGGUGUAUUGAAUAAAAGAGAGUGGCAUUGCCGCCCUUAAAAUUGCCUCUUUUUUUUUUUUAAAGAAUAACAAAACCUGCGGUUGUCCUAUAGACGCUGAGAAUGGUAGUCGAGCAGAGUUUUAUUUUUAUUUUUUUAAAGAACAAAAGGGAGAUGAUGAAAGUGGGAAUCAUCGCCAAUUUGUCUCUCGUUUCUACAGCAUGGAGUGAGCAGCAGAGUAUUUUUGUACGGCGCUUUAUCCCUUUUUUUAAACCUAAUUGUUAUCAGGCCCAUGUGUGAUAGUAAGUGGAGUUGUGCCAUUCCAUCCUGGCUUUUUGUUUUACAUCACUGUUCUUUCUAUGCAAAAAAAUAUGACCUAUUUUAGCCUUUGUACAGAUUAUUUUGUAUUAGUAACAUGUACUGAAAUAAAGCAAACAGAAUCAA